AUGAAAGCCGCUGUGUUCAAUCGGGCGAAAGCAAUUGAGGGAACUGGUGUGGGCCCAAACAUCUAUAUUUCAGAUGAGAAGGGUAAUAAGAUCUACGUGCUUGAUAGAUUCACCGGCACGGUAAUGAUUCUCUUCACCAUGUCAUCCAACACAACAGUUAAGGGCAAUGAUGUAGUGUCCCAGGUGACUUUGUUGGCGGGAACUGGAGAGGCAGGAUACAAAGAUGGCAUCGGGUCUUCCGCCAAGUUCAAGAGUCCUAGCGGGUUGGCUGUCCAGAGCCUUCGUACAGGUCUUUGCGUAUCAGACAGAGGAAACCAUGCCAUCCGCAUCAUCACAAGAGAAAGCCCCGACAAACCUGCUGUGGUAGAUACCGUCGCUGGAUCCGAUGACUCUGGUGCUGGAUUUGCAGAUGGAGAGGGUCCAAACGCCUUGUUCAACCAUCCUGAAGGCUUGGCCAUGUCACCCGAUGGUUCCUUCAUACUUGUUGCAGAUUCGGGAAAUCAUCGCAUUCGCAAAGUUCUGUUGAGCAAGGAGGACAAGAAUCUUGUUUCAACGAUAGCAGGAGGAAAUCAAAAUCGCAACGUGACAUACAGUCAAGGCUUCAACGAUGCUGACAAUGGUGUUAAUUCUUCCUUCAAUCGCCCAACUGAUGUGGCUUUCCUUCCAAAUGGUGAAGAGGUUUUAGUGGUUGACGCGGGAAAUCAUGCAAUCAGGAAGUUGACGCUCUCCACUGGAGCAGUCACGACAAUAGCAGGAAACGGAAACUCCGGAAGUGACAAUGGAUUUGGAACGAAUGCAACGUUCGAAUUUCCGAUGAGCAUUGUGAUAUCAGCCGGAGGCAAGUAUGCUUUCAUAGCUGAAAUGGAAGGGCAACGAAUCCGCCAGCUGCAUCUUAGCACCGGUCAAGUCACGACACUUGCAGGAACAGGAGAUGCAGGAUCUUCCGAUGGCACGUUCUUGAAGGCCAGCUUCAACAUGCCGUGCUCGCUCAACGUCAUCGAUUCUCGCAGAUUGAUGGUCCUUGACUAUGAGAAUUCUGCAAUUCGCGUGAUUGCUGUACAAGAGGACAACGAGAACAGCAUCCAAGACUACUGCGCGAUGCCUUCUAGCAUGGAUGAUAAUCUCGAGUUGAAAAUGAUGCUUUCAUCAUACAAUGAUGAAUUGUAG